AUGUCGGCAGUUCAAGACACCACCACACCUGUCCCUGUGACAGAGGCCAGCCAUGCUGCGCCAGUCGCCGCCCCCACAGACGCUGCACCAGUGGUCAGCGAACCCGUGGUCGGCGACCAGGUUACCACCGCAACCACUGAGGCACCAGCCGAGACUGCAGCAGCAGCACCGGUAGAGGAGACCAAGGCAGAGGCUGUUGCUGACAAGGCUGUUGAGCCCAUCAUUGAGGGCCAGCUCGGAUACAAGGGCCCUGGUGUGCUGAAGGGUCUCAUUGCUUCCAAGAAGCAGUUCUGGCUCAACGACGACGCAGUUGCCCCACAGAACCUUGAUCUCUACUUGCGCGGCGAGAAGCCAGAGGCUGCUCACGCCGUCGUUGCAUGGGCCACCCAGACCGGCAAGGGGCUGCUCUUUUUCAACAAGAAGAACGACACCGACCGGACACACCCACAAGACGUGCUCGCUCUGUACGAGGCAACUGACCUCAAGAAGGCUCCCACACACGAGAUUACCUUCGAGAUUCACAACCAGAAGCACACCCUCAAGGCAACCAGCGACGCUGAGCGUGAUGGCUGGUACCAGUCGAUCGAGAAAUCGAUUGAGCUCGGCAAGGCUUCCAAAGAGGAGGUCCAUGCCAGUGAAGGCUACAAGGCUGAGCUCGAGAAGCUGAGCAAGCCAACCCACUCUGUCGCCGCCGGCUCUACUAAGCGCACACAGUCGCAGCCAAAGAAGAGCACCGAGGUCAACAAAGAGACUGGCGUUGAGCGCACUGGCUCGUCGUCCAGCGAAGAGGAGAACAAGGAGAAGAAGCAAAAGAGCCGCUCCACAUCCCGAGGUCUCCUCGGCCGUCUCCAGGGCAAGAAAGACGAGGCAGAGCAGAAGGCUGCCGAGAAGAAGGAAGAAAAGGAGGCCGAGAAGGAGAUCAAGAAGACUGACGAGGAGCAGACUCCAGUGCUUGCAUCUACCGAGGCCGCACCGGUUGCUGGUGCCACCGCCGCUGCAAGCAUCCCAGCCGCCGUUGAGGCCAAUGAGGCUGCAACCGAGACCCCCGUCGUCGCUGAGGGUCCAGUGACUGAGCCAAAGCUUGUCGAGGACAAGCCAAAGCCCGCUAAGCGUGCCAGCAUCUUUGGCAAGGUCCAGGGCGCAUGGAGCAGCGUCAAGAGCCCAUCGAAGGAGAAGGAGCUCAAGGAUGUUGAGCUCAAGCCAGAGGCCGUCAAAGAGGCUGGUGUUUCGGAGACUGCUCCAGUCCUGCCAGAGACCGCCACCGUCGAGCCAGUGACUGCCAUCCCAGCUGUUGAGGAGCCAGUCGUUGAGACUAAGCCAGAGGAGAAGAAGGAGGCAGCAGUCGAGACCCCAACCAAGGAGAAGAGCAACUUCCUCUCAAGCUUCAUGAAGCGCAACCGCAGCGUCUCGCCAUCAACCCACAUGAAGGAGCCAGCCAAGAAGGAGGAGACUCCGGUCGCCGCCGCUACCACUGAGGAGGCCGUCGUCACCGAGCCAGUCAAGGAGACUGCCGAGGAGACCCGUGCCGUUGACACCACCGCUGAGGCUGACAAGCCAGUCGUGUCUGAGCCAAUCGCUGACAAGACUGAGGAGACCACCACUCCAAACAAGCGCCAGUCGAUGCUCGGUAGCCUCGGGCGCCGUGCCAGCAAGGCCUUGAACCGCAUCAACGCCCCCAAGAAGGAGAACGUCGCACCAACCUCCACCGAGGCCAAGAAGGAGGAUGCCACCGAGGUCAAGCCAACUGAGGAGACCCCAAUCGCCAAUGGCGAGACCAAGAAGGAGGGCGCCGAGGAGCAGCAGGCCAUCGGUGAUGUUGUCCCAGAAGCCGUCAACGUCGGACAACCCCAGCACACCACCCCUACCGUCACUGCCAGCGCAUAA